AGCGUCCAGCCCUGGCUGACGUGGUGAACCUCGAAAGAAGCUACGUCUCCAAUAUCGCCAGCUCCAGGUACCACCUGUCCACUCACGCAACCAAACGCGCCUCGCAACCCCGGCGCAAAACGGCUCUCGAGCCCCACGACCGACGACGAGCUCCUACCUACAAUCUGUUGAAACCAGAUUCGCAUCAAUCCCUACCACGAAUCGACGACGACACGAACCGAAUCGAGGCGCCUACUCCAGACAAGGGGGUUAAACCAAGCUACCUAAGACCAACCUCCACCAACCUUGAAUUCCCACAAACAACAAUGUCAAACUACUACCAACCCCAACAAUCUUACGGCCCAGGCCCAGGCGCAGGAGGCGCCGGCGCCGGCGGAGGAGGAGGCGCCCAAAACCUCCAGUUCUACCCCUCCUCCUACUCCCCAGCCGGCGCCGUCUCGGGCCACGCGACUCCACAACAGGCCUCGUAUGGCUACGGAGCGCCCCAACCCGCCGCGGCAGGCGGCUUCGGCGGUGCGGCAGCCUUUGGAGCACCUCCCGGCGGCGGUGUUGGUGUGUCGGGUCGCAUGGGCGAGCAGGGCGGCCUGCGCACGGGUUGGCUAGCCGCCUUUUCGACCGAGGGGUACGAUGGCGAGCCGCCGCUGCUCGAGGAGCUUGGUGUCAACUUUGGACAUAUUCAGGCAAAGACUCUGGCCGUGCUCAAUCCCUUCCGCCGGAUCGAUCAACACCUGAUGGACGACGCAGACCUCUUCGGUCCCUUACUCUUCGUCCUCUCCUACGGAACCUUCCUCCUCCUCUCAGGCAAAAUCCACUUCGGCUACAUCUACGGCCUCGCCCUCCUAGGAAGCACCUCCCUCCACAUAAUCCUCUCCCUCAUGACACCCACCGACGCCCACCCCCCAACAGCCCCCUCCGCACCCCAAUACGGCGGCCCCGUCUCCUCCGUCGGCGGAGGCUACCCUGGCGCCCCGGACACCCACGACCACCCAUCCCGCAACGCCGCAGGCCACUUCUCCUCGACCCUCACCUUCACCCGCUCCUCCUCCGUGCUGGGCUACUGCCUCCUGCCCCUGGUCGCCACCAGCGUCUUCGGCAUCUUCAUGCCCAUGGACACGCCCCUCGGCAUUGUAUUCACCACCAUGGCGAUCCUGUGGUGCACGUACUCCGCCUCGGGUAUGUUUUGCGCUGUUGGACGGAUGAGGGGCAUGCGCGGGCUCGUGGCGUACCCGCUGGCGCUGUUUUACGUCGGGUUCGGUAUCAUGGGCAUCUUCAGCUCUAGGGGCAGCGGCGGGUCUCUGGCCAAGGCGGCGGCCGGGUUGAAGGGUUGAAGGCGCAGACACGAGGAGACAUGGAAGAUAAACGUACACUAAAGACAGAGGGGAUAACGUAGUUUACACGAGAAGGACUCGAUAAGGGCAACAGAGACUGCAGAAGCGUGCUUUACAGCUACUUAUCCUUUAGGGCAUGGCGCAAUGCGCGUGGCACUACACUGUGGGAGUCUAGAGGAGGCGCAGAAACCGACGGGAGUCCAAAAGCCACGAUAGACGAUGGAGGCAACAAUGAGACAGAAAGCAUGCAUGCCCACGGCUACUUAGGGGCGAGGCGGAAGCCAAAGGCCGACGGAUGUUUCACGUCACUGUACAAUACUAUAAUCAUGUUCAGACGAAGCCAGAAAUAAUUCUUUUGAU